UCGUUCAUUCGUUCAUUCUUUCAUUCGUUCAUUCGUUCAUUCAGGUGAUUUCUGCCAUUUCCACCAUAUCUUCCCCCAUUUCUCUGUUCUUUAUUUCUCUGCACUCUUUCCCAUUUCACGUUUUCAAUCAUCAUUUUCACUUCUGCAAAUCCAAUCCCAUUCAUAACUCGCCUCUUGCUUCCUGUAUCUGUUUCCCUUCCCUUCCGUUUGCUACCUCAGGGGAUUCCUUCUUUUUCCUGUAUGCCUUGAACAUUCACGUGCUGAUGCACUAGACGUGGAUUUUCGGGAAUGUUUCAGCUUCUUUUUCACUUGGGGGGUGGUUUAAUCCAUGAUAAUCGUGUUUUCAGAGGGACCUCGUUGUGAAUUUGGUUUUGUUUUCCAUCUGCCUCUGCUUCAAAAUCAUUGGGGGAUUGAGAAUGUAAUGAUGGAGCUGAUUAAUUGGUGCAAUGAGCGUUGAUGAUGAAUUGAUUGUUUAAGAAUGGAGACUAAGGAAGAUGGCGAAUUGGCGGACGAGCGGCCUCCGUCGCCUGUCUGGGCGUUGCAACAGUUCUCGGAGGAGGCGUUUCGGGUGGCCGGUGAAGCUCUCAAUAGCGUUUAUCAUGGGGGCACCGGGUUGCAGGACGCGGGGAUGGGACAUCGACGUGCUAGGAGUGAAAUUCCGAAUGCAAAACACAGACGAUCCAACAGUAUCCAGAGAUUGAAAUCCCAUGUGCAGAAGGCUUGGGGAUGGGGGAGAGACACACGCGAUGACGAUUACGCCUUCUAUAGUUUCGAUCCUGAGAUCAUGGCGAACCAAAAACGUCAGUGGUAUCAGUUUCACUCCAAAACUCUGGACGGUGUAUACCAGGAGCCCACCUCUCUCUUUGAACACUUCAUUAUUGCGGGGCUCCAUCCGGAUACUAACCUUGAGACUGUGGAAAAUGCAUUUGCUAGAAGAAAAAAAUGGGAGUCACAAAAGAGAAAUGCUGAGAUGACAGAUAUCAGAAGGUUAGAGAAUAGAGGGCCACCAGUUCCCCUGCUGGAACCUCAGAUUCUUUUUAAGUAUCCACCGGGGAAGAGGCUGCCAAUGCGUAUGAAGGAUUUGUCUGCCUUUUGUUUUCCUGCAGGUGUUAAGGCACAAUUGAUGGAGAGGACUCCAUCACUCAGCGAUCUGAAUGAAAUUGUUUAUGGUCAGGAACAUUUGAAAAGAGAUGAUUUGGCAUUUAUUUUUUCUCUUAAGGUUGCCAACAAUUCAACUCUUUAUGGUGUGUGCUUACAUGUGCAAGAAAUUGUUCAGAGGCCACCCUGUAUUCUAGGCAUCUCAAAUUCUCUUUCUAAUUCUUCUGGACUAUGCAGCCGUUUUUUGGUUUCUGCACCUCGCUGCUAUUGUCUGUUAACCAGAGUACCUUUCUUUGAGUCACACUUUGAGAUGCUGAACAGUGUAAUAGCCCAGGAACGUUUGAAUCGUGUAACUCAGUUUAUUAGUGAAAUUUCUCUCACUGAUUAUGUGCCAUCAGUGUCAAGUUCAAAUCACAGUGCGAAUGUCGACUCUCCUGAAAGGGAGUCCACAAGUGAAUGGAUGGCAUCAGCAAUACCAAUUGACAGUGCAGUGGCCCUUACUGCUGCUGCUGCAGGACUUAUAUCUGAUGAUGAGAUCUUAACCUCUUCAACGAAGAUGUCAGAACCUCGAUCUCCUGAAAGUAGCACAACCAGCGACACUUUGGAUUUGAGUCAACUGGAAAGAAGUAAUGGAAGUUGCGAGAGUGGUCACCUAUGCGCAGAGGGAUCUUUCUCAUCAAGACAUCGUGCAUUAGAAAGCCUAGGGAGUUCCGAAUACCUGUUCAGUCCAGUUAGAAGUGUGGCUUCACAAGAUGAGGAUGAUGAUCUUUUUCCAAAUUGCGAACAGGAAUACAGUGAUGACUUGAUAAUGGAAUGGGCUAGGGAGAAUAAGUAUGACGUGCUACAAAUAGUCUGUGGAUAUCAUUCUCUUCCUGUUCCUGAAUGGGGAUGUGAAUUAUUAUUUCAACCUCUAGAACAUUUGCAAUCUAUUCAAUAUAGAAGACCUGCAAUUGCAUCCCUUGGAUUUUGUGAAAAAUAUCUAGACUCGUUGAACCCCAUUGAGGUCAAAACAAAGUUGGCUACAGCUGAAGAAACUCGUGCCUUGUCAAUGUGGACAACAGCCACUCUAUGCCGAGCUCUCUCUCUUGAAACUGUUUUGCAAUUGGUUGCAGGGAUUUUAUUAGAAAAACAAGUGAUACUAGUGUGUCCGAACUUGGGUCUACUUUCUGCUACAGUGUCAUCCCUUGUUCCUAUGAUUUGCCCUUUCCAAUGGCAAAGUUUAUUUCUUCCGGUUCUACCAGGAAAAAUGUUUGAUCUCCUUGAUGCACCUGUUCCCUUUAUUGUUGGUACACUAAAUAGACCAACGGAUGUAAAGAUGAAGACGUCUAAUCUAGUUGUUGUUGAUGUGGUUAAGGAUCAGGUGAAAACAUGUUCCUUACCAACACUUCCACGACACAGAGAACUAGCCUCUGAGCUUGGCCCGGUCCAUGCGAAAUUGGCUAAUAGGAGUUCAAUUGCCAAAAAGCAUCCUGUAUAUAGGUGCAACGAAUAUCAGACUCAAUACGCUACCCAGUUCUUGAAUGUCAUGAGGCAAUACAUGGACUCGCUGUGUUCAAAUCUUAGAUCUCAUACCAUAACUAGUGUUCAAUCAAAUAACGACAGGGUUUCUUUACUUCUUAAAGAUAGCUUUAUUGACUCGUUUGCUAGUAAGGACCGACCAUUUAUUAAGCUAUUAGUAGACACGCAGCUUUUCAGUGUUCUUUCAGAUUCUCGAUUGUCGAGCUUUGAAAAUGGGUUCGGUGAAGUGAAUGCUUCCCCAACUCCAAAGGCAGAAGUAGAAGUACAACACAAAGUGCAGAUGAAGCAUCACUAGAGGUUUCCCUUGGGACCCAUUAAUUUGCAGCUCAGCUGUUUUUAGUCAAAUCAGUUUUGUAACAUAACAUUAAUUAAUAGCAACACUGAAAAUAUCUUAAUUCUUUUCUUUUUUUAGUGAGGAGAAAUAGAUAUGUAAGUUUGUGAAAACUCUCGUGUAAAUCUUGGUUACUUCAAUUCCACCAUGAUAAAUAAGUCGAUGCACAUA